CGUCUAUAAAGGGCGUCUCGAAGCCUGCAACCCCAGCAGACGUUUCUCCGGAGAGAAGGUGGUGCAGGUGCUGGACGUGAUGUGGAAGUCUGCGUUUCCCUCCUUGCUCCUGCUCGGCCUGGCUCGGCCCUCCGACGCCGAAGGAAUUCCGCUCAAGCAGUUGUGCAACCCAUCCAUAGAUGGCACCAUCUACAAAUACCAGGCGAAGCCCUUGAAUGGCAGUCCCACUGUUAACUUCAGCCGCUAUGCCGGAAGGAUUGUUCUUUUCGUCAAUGUGGCCACGUACUGAGGUUACACCGCUCAGUACAUCGAGCUGAAUGCACUUCAGGAGGAGAUGGAUAUCCUUGGACUCACCAUUCUCGGUUUCCCUUCUAAUCAGUUUGGGAAACAGGAACCUGGGCAAAACAACGAGAUCCUGCCAGGUUUAAAGCACGUUAGACCCGGCAACAACUUUGUUCCAAAUUUCCUGUUGUUCGAGAAAGGUGAUGUGAAUGGGAAAGACGAGCAAGGGGUUUAUACCUUCCUCAAGAGUUCCUGUCCCCCAGUCUCGGAUAACUUCGGUAACGCCAGCAACAGACUAUUCUGGGAUCCGCUGAAAGUCAGUGACAUCAAGUGGAACUUUGAAAAGUUCCUGGUGGGGCAGAACGGAAAACCCGUGAUGAGAUGGCACCCGGCUAUCAGCGUUGCCGAGGUGCGGGCUGAUAUUCACAAAUAUCUGCUCCGACGUUACACUGAAGAGAUUUUCAACUAGGCAGUCCAAACAAUAGUUUCCAAAUGUAGUAGAGUGUGAAGAGCUGUAGAUGUAGCCGUUUCUCUCAUUUGUGAAAGAAGCAUGUUAAAUGAAGAAGAGGUUUGAAAACAGAAAGCCUGUGGAGCUUCUUUGGAGUCUUGAGGAUCACGGCUGGCUUUUUAGUGCAUUCAAGCCGCACCGUGUUCCCACAGCAACGUGUUGUUUUCACAAACAGGGAACUGCUGGAAUUUACAGCCUCAACGUCAACUACUUUUAAUAAAUCUUUAACAGCA